CCGGGGGACGACAUGGCCUUCGACCUGGGAACGAUGACGACCAAUCCGGGCGACUCGACCUUCGACUACGCGUCGGUUGUGUCGAUCAACAUCUUCGUGGCCCUCCUCUGUGCCUGCAUCGUGAUUGGCCACCUGCUCGAGGAGAACCGGUGGCUGAACGAAUCCACCACUGCUUUAAUCAUCGGGCUGUGCACCGGAGCGGUGAUUCUUUUCGCCCGAGGAGGGAGGAACUAUGUUAUCAUGAUGUUCAGUGAAGAUCUGUUCUUUAUCUAUGUGCUGCCACCAAUAAUUUUCAAUGCCGGGUUCCAAGUAAAGAAGAAACAAUUCUUCCGCAAUUUCAUGACAAUUAUGCUGUUUGGUGUAGUAGGAACAGUGAUUUCGUUCAUCAUAAUCUCAUUUGGUGCUUCACAAGUUUUCAGAAUAAUGGAUUUAGGCGCAUUGGAAAUUAGAGAUUAUUUUGCAAUUGGGGCAAUCUUUUCUGCAACAGAUUCUGUUUGCACUUUGCAGGUGCUUAAUCAGGAUGACACACCUUUGCUUUAUAGCCUGGUCUUCGGUGAAGGUGUUGUAAAUGACGCUACAUCCGUGGUGCUUUUUCAUGCAAUCCAGAAAUUCGAUCUGGUUCAUAUCGACAUCAAAGUUGUAAUGAAGCUUGUUGUAAACUUCUUUUAUCUAUUUUCUACUAGCACCUUUCUUGGAGCAUUUACAGGGUUGCUCAGCGCUUAUAUUAUUAAAAAGUUAUAUUUUGGGAGGCAUUCAACUGACCGAGAAGUUGCUCUUAUGAUACUUAUGGCUUACCUUUCUUAUAUGCUGGCUGAAGUGAGUAUCUUAUCUUAAAUCAUCAAGAAAACACAAAAUUUUCUUACCUCCAAUAUGCUGGAUUUAGUGAGUUUAGACUGAGAUUGUUUCCCCUAAACUUUAAUUUUCUUGCAGUUGUUAGACUUAAGCGGUAUUCUUACAGUAUUCUUUUGUGGAAUAGUAAUGUCACACUAUACAUGGCAUAAUGUGACACAGAAUUCCAGGGUCACCACAAAGUAAAUUAUUUUCUAUUGUUUUCAGCAGCACUAAAUGCUGCUUCUCAUAUUUAAAUUAUCUCUAUUUCAGGCUUAUACAAAUUAGUUUACAUUUAUUAAUCCUUUUCUUUCUUGUCAUUUCAGGCAUGCCUUUGCAACGUUGUCAUUUAUCGCUGAAGUUUUUCUCUUUCUUUAUGUUGGAAUGGAUGCAUUAGACAUUGAGAAGUGGAGAUCUGUCAGUGGCAGCCCUGAAAAAUCAAUGCGUGUGAGCGUAGUUCUUCUAGGAUUGGUAAUGGUUGGCAGAGCUGCUUUUGUUUUUCCACUCUCUCUCAUCGCCAACAUAAGCAGAAAUUCUCAGAAUGAUAAACUUAAGUUGA